AUUUUAUCAUUUUUUUUUUUUUUUUUAACAAAAACCUAGACCACAUCUUCUCCAAUAGUUGCAGCGUGCAACCACCAUGGCGGGAGGCAAAAUCAAGAGAGAGCGGCCGCAGAGAGGCGGCGCGGGGGCAUCCAACCCUCAUUUUCAAGGAGGAAUUCCUUUCCAUAAGUCGAAGGGCCAGCACAUACUGAAAAACCCGCUCUUGAUCGACUCAAUCGUUCAGAAAUCCGGCAUAAAACCCACCGACGUCAUCCUCGAGAUAGGUCCCGGCACCGGCAACCUCACGAAAAAGCUUCUCGAAGCCGGAAAGUCAGUAAUUGCCGUCGAGCUUGAUCCUCGUAUGGUGCUCGAGCUGCAACGCCGAUUCCAAGGAACCCCAUAUUCGAACCGAUUGAAGGUCAUACAAGGAGAUAUCCUGAAAUGCGAUUUGCCUUACUUUGACAUCUGUGUAGCCAACAUCCCGUAUCAAAUCUCGUCCCCUCUUACCUUCAAGCUUCUCUCCCACCGACCCCUCUUCAGAUGUGCCGUGAUAAUGUUCCAGCGAGAAUUCGCCAUGCGCCUCGUGGCCCAUCCAGGAGACACUCUCUACUGCCGCCUCUCAGUCAACACUCAGCUCCUUGCCCGAGUCAACCACUUGCUGAAAGUCGGGAGGAACAAUUUUCGGCCGCCGCCAAAAGUCGACUCGUCCGUGGUCAGAAUCGAGCCUCGAAAGCCCCUCCCGCCCGUCAACUUCAAAGAGUGGGAUGGACUUGUUAGAAUCUGCUUCAACCGAAAGAACAAAACUUUAGGCUCCAUAUUCAGGCAGAAGAACGUGCUUUCCCUGCUCGAGAAGAAUUACAAGACGCUGCAGGCUUUACAGCUUGCGCCAGACGGGCGUCGGGAGGACAAUGAUGAUGAUGUGGAGAUGGCUGCGUGUGUUUCGGCUCUUGGGGACAGUCUUGGUGGGAUGAGUGUGGAUGGUAAAGAUGAUAGUGAGAAUGAUGAUGAUACUAAUGAGAUGGAGAUGGAUGAUGGGGAAAAUGAUGAUAAUAAUGGUGCAAAGGGUUCGGAUUUUAAGAAUAAGGUUUUGGGGGUGUUGAAGAGUGGAGGGUUUGAGGAGAAGAGGUCUUCGAAGUUGGCUCAGGCAGAUUUCAUGCAUUUACUAUCGUUGUUCAAUAAGGCUGGGAUUCAUUUUUCGUAGAAGAAGUGGGAUGGGUUUUUGUUUUUCUGUUUAUGUAUUACCUUGAAUUGUCCUUUCUGUGAGCGUGUUUGUGUUAGUUUUGAUCUUUGGGAGCUCAUUCUUCAUCUUGUUGUGCAAAGAUGUGGGAAGGCUUUGAGAGUCGGAGCUGUACUGGUUAGAAACUGCACUAUAUAUAGGCUUUUUUGCCUUCAAAUUUUGUGUAACUCUGAAUUUUGAAGAUUUUGUUUAGAAAAUGGGAUAAUGUAGUGUUUGAGUGUAUGGUGGUUUAUUUAUGGGUUAGAUUUUUUAAGCAAGUGACAUUCUGAAGUCACGCAUAUCACAACAAGUGCAUUUCUAAG